UAAUUUUUUGCAUUUUCUGUUCGUAUUUCUUGUAAUAAAUACGACAUUUUAAGAAAUGUCCGACGUGGAUGAUGACUAUAUGUGUGACGAUGAAGAAGAUUAUGAUCUGGAAUACUCUGAAGAUAGUACAUCAGAACCAGAUGUUGAUUUAGAAAACCAGUAUUACAAUUCUAAAGCUUUGAAGGAAGAUGAUCCAAAAGCUGCAUUACAGAACUUUCAAAAGGUUCUUGAUCUUGAGCAAGAAAAAGGAGAGUGGGGUUUCAAGGCUCUUAAACAGAUGAUAAAAAUCAACUUUAAACUAGGAAAACAUGAUGAGAUGAUGACACGAUAUAAACAGCUAUUGACAUAUAUUAAGAGUGCAGUUACAAGAAAUCAUUCAGAGAAAUCCAUUAAUUCUAUACUUGAUUACAUCUCUACAUCUAAGCAGAUGGAAUUGCUCCAGAAUUUUUAUGAAACUACUCUUGAUGCAUUAAGGGAUGCUAAAAAUGAUAGAUUGUGGUUUAAAACUAAUACAAAGCUUGGAAAGCUUUACUAUGACAGAUCAGAGUUUAACAAACUUGCAAAGAUUCUUAAACAACUGCAUCAAUCUUGUCAGACUGACGAAGGAGAAGAUGAUUUGAAAAAAGGAACUCAACUGCUUGAAAUUUAUGCUUUAGAAAUUCAAAUGUACACUUCACAGAAAAAUAACAAAAAAUUAAAAGCCUUGUAUGAACAGUCAUUACACAUCAAGUCUGCAAUCCCUCACCCUCUUAUCAUGGGUGUCAUAAGAGAAUGUGGAGGCAAAAUGCAUUUACGAGAAGGAGAUUAUGAAAAAGCACAUACUGAUUUUUUUGAGGCAUUUAAGAAUUAUGACGAGUCAGGAAGCCCAAGACGUACAACAUGUUUAAAAUACCUUGUACUUGCAAACAUGUUGAUGAAAUCAGGGAUAAACCCUUUUGAUUCACAAGAGGCUAAACCUUACAAGAAUGACCCAGAGAUCCUUGCAAUGACCAAUCUGGUUAGUGCAUAUCAGAAUGAUGAUAUCAAUGAAUUUGAAAAGAUCCUGAAAACCAACAGGAAAAACAUUAUGGAUGACCAAUUCAUAAGAGAACACAUUGAAGAUCUUUUAAGAAACAUCCGGACACAAGUGCUGAUAAAGCUUAUCAAGCCUUACACAAGAAUACACAUCCCUUUUAUAUCUCAGGAAUUGAACAUCGAUAAAGACGAAGUUGAAAGUCUCUUAGUAUCGUGUAUUCUUGAUAAUACAAUUCAUGGAAGAAUCGAUCAAGUUAACCAGCUCUUAGAACUAGACAGAAAAUCACAAAGUACAGACAGAUUUACGGGUUUAGACCGGUGGACGUCCCAGCUCAACUCUCUACACACGGCCAUUAUCAACAAAAUAGCGUAGAAGGCAGAAAGUCUUGGAGGAUGACCAAAUUUCACUUCUCUUGUCAGUGUUGAAAACUGAAGAUCAAAGACUGGUUAUUUGUAGAUAAGUCCACAGUGUAUACAUUUCGUGCAUAUUUUAUAUUCUGGGYCGAUGCCAAUAGAGGKUGUUCGCAUGUAUCUCAAGUUGUUUUCUUUCAAUGGGACGACACAAAAGAAUAAAUUUAUCCCUGCURCUUGUGAACUAAAACCCUCUAUUAGGUAGACGACCUUCUAGGAUUUUAUAACUAGUCUUAAAGSUUUAAAGGGUUGGGCUGCCUCGUCUUACAAGCAGCCCAGYCCUGUAGUUUGGAACAUGGACAAAGAAUCUACCAUCCUCCAUUGUGGUGUGUGCAUGACACAUGUAUAGAGCUAUAAGUUUGCGUUCAUUGGUUAAAGCUCUAACAAUUAACGGACUCUUCGUUAAGUUAAAUCGUUUUGGGGACGUCAAUAUAAGCAUCAUUGAAUAGUAUUCCUCAGUUGAAAUAAUAAUUAAAAAUACAAUAUAUUUCC